AUGCAUUGGGAAUACACGACUCUCUACUCCAGAACCCCCCGCUCCUUCAUCUUCGCCGUCGUCGCAAAUGUCGGCCCCGGCGGCGCCAGCCGCUCCCUGGCCGUGGCCUACCGCCAGCACCACGACGAACACAACAUGGCCUCAUCCUGGCCCCGAGUGCACCAUAUGGUAACUGACACCCUCGCGUUGAUCGACGUUCUUUCGGAUCCCGCGAACCGCGCGCCGCUAGAGGCGGAGAGAGCGCUCGCGCAGGACUGGUAUCGUCGGUCUCCGGGGCACCACGAGCCUCCGCUGCAUGAGCGGCCCAGCGUGCCCGAUACCGCGCAGCCACCGUUCGUGCCCUGGAACCGACGUCGGGAGCCAGUGCAACAGCAGCCCCCGCUGCCGUGGCGUGAUGAUGGCCUCAGCCAGUUUCCCUUCACCGCGACCUGCGUUUUGCUGGCGUUGUUGCGCGACGAUCGUCCUGCUGACGCCACCCGCCCCAGCGACGUCCAGUUCCAGCCCCUAUCAACGGUAUUUCGGGCGGACUGCACUGAAUAUGGCCUGGUCGUCGUUGACAUCUCCGACCUCGACAGUGGUGUCAAGUACGGCAUUGUUGCAUUUCCCCUGGACUACAUGGCUGAGGUUCAGUCCCGCGACAAGUGCUUCGGCUGGGAUCCUGUCGAAGACCCCCAGCCGGAAAAGGAGCCGGAUGUUAUACUUGUGAGCCCGCGGCCUCGAGUGCUGUUAUCGAUUUCUCAGUGGGCAGGGAAGUAUUACAGAUGGUCGGGCCUGGAAGACCACCCCAGUAUCCUCCGACUGGAGGAGAAGCCGCUGGCUGAUGCUGCAGCCUUGGAUUACAUCUGGCCGCCGGAGCUGGAGGCUCCGGCUCAAGCAUCUUCAAAAGACUUCACACCGUCAAAUAAAGCCAGGUCCACACCCAGAUCCAUGGUAGGCUACACUAUAGUAGACGAACCGCCGCGACAUGGGUCCAUGGACCGCGCAAAAGAGGAUAGAUCGACCAGGAGAGCCUCGAGCGUGACCAUAUUAGAAGGACCGCCACAAACUGUCCCAGUUGAUAUAGACCGCACUAUUGAUGAUCUGCUGCUUCUCACCCAGGAGCCCGUGUCCCCUCGCCUCGAGAAACAAGCGCUUGCUCACCUUCAAAUGCUGGUCCCGUUUAGCGAGAGGCUGCGGCAGCGACUCGAAGAGGUGCCUAACAAGCUCGGUCCCUCCACGAUCUCCAGCCAUAUUCUGCGCGUGGCAUACACUGAACGCAGUCACCUCAACUGGGUGUCGUUUGGCAACCUGCCGCCUCGCGUGAUUGCGGCCGCUGUUACAUCAGAUGAGCUUCGGGGUGCAUCUGCGCUCAGCCUCUGCGUCGAUGCAUGGGCGGGAGAUGAGGAAGAGGGAGAGUCAGACCUCGUUGAUCCUGCUGUGGCCCUGGCGCAGUCCACAGGCCUGCAGCAGCUCUGCUUCUUGCAUCAACCGGACCGGGCUCACGAUGAGGUCUCGGCUCGUUUCUGCUCGCAGCUGCUGCGGCUGUGGGGGAGGGCAUCAGAAGAAGACUGGGAGUGGCUCCGGCCGAAAACCAUCCAUUCGACCUCUGUAUUCUUAACUGGUUUACGCCGUCGCAGAUUUCUCACAUCGUCCUCGACGAUACGAUCGGAUUCUAGCUUUACCUUAGGCGCACAAGUCUUUCCCAUGAUCCACCUGUUCACGUUUCUGGGUCCCCUGCGCAAGGACAUCCCAGACGCAACCGCAGACCGCCACGUCUACUGUGCUCGUCCUGGGUACAGCAGCUACUACUCGAUAGACAAUAUCGGGUUAACCGCCGAGGUCUUCGCCAUCCGAUUCUUAGGAUACCUGCGGGCGUUGGGUCCGUAUUCAGAUCCCGACAAGGCCAUCUUGCGAGUGGCAUAUCAUGGGGCUUUCUCGUCGCUCGCUUCCAUGGACGACGACAGCGAGCAACACCGCCGCAAGCACGGCUGGUCUCCGCCCCGGAGACCGCUGCCACCAUCGCCGCUCCGGUCAUCGCCAGAUCCAUUGGGCGUGAGACCCAUCCCCGCCGGAUUUUUCGACGACGAGCUCGCCCCUGACGACCCGUCCAAAGUUCGACUCGGGGAUAUCCCCCCUGGGGACUGGGUUGUUCUUGUGGAUCGACGAGACCGCAGUUGCCGGGCUAGCGACGACACCACCUUCUUACAAUACUCUUUUAUGAGAAUCCGUCAGCCCUGUGUUAAAUUUUCGUCCGAAAAGCAAUCUAGCUCAGUCGAGAUGGUCGGCGGGCUGAUCGACUUCCUGCGGGAAACUGUGCCAGGGACUAAUAUUGCCAUGUGGGAGAGACGUGUCGAUGAGGUAGAGAACGAUUUGGUUUCCGCUUUAAUGAGGCCGAGCCCAUCCAGCACCCCGUCAUCGGUUGAUGUGCCGACGAUGCUAGAACGGGUGAACAAGUCGUUCAGGCGUUUGGCCGAAGCCUCAGCUGAGACGAGCGCAUCCAGCACCCUACGAGAGAGUGAUAUUUCCGAUGGGGAGGAACUGGUCGUGGAAGUGGAGAAAGAACCCUGCAUUGACGUCGGUGUCAUGGCUGAGAGUCGGGCCUACACUUUGCUGGAUAAGUUAGUGUGA